GAGCUUCUUUCUCUACUGCGUACUCCGUUCACACAUCGAUAUUGAACGUGUACCUCUUUCCCCCCCCCCCUCCCCAACACCUGAAUCCAUAACCCAUCAACUGAUCUUGCGCCUCCUCAUCUUCCCAGCUGGCUUCUUUUGCGGGCAAUGGUCACCACCUCCACAACGUCUGAAGGACAGUGGGCUGCCCCUCUUCGUUUGGGGUCGAUCGCGCCCAACUUUCAGGCCGAAACCACCAUCGGCCCCAUCGACUUUCAUGAGUGGGCGGGCAACGACUGGGUAAUCCUCUUCUCCCACCCGGAGGAUUACACCCCAAUCUGCACCACUGAGCUGGCCGCGCUGGCCAAGUACGAGCCCGAGUUCACCAAGCGCAACGUCAAGCUAAUCGGUCUCUCGGCGAACUCCAUCGAGUCGCACGAUGGCUGGAUCAACGACAUUUCCGAGAUAGCGGGAUGUCCCUUGACCUUCCCCGUCAUCGGCGAUAAGGAUCGCCAGGUCGCCUAUGCCUAUGACAUGUUGGAUCACCAAGAUACCACCAACGUCGAUGCCCGGGGAAUUGCUUACACCAUUCGGUCCGUUUUCAUCAUCGACCCCAAGAAGACCAUCCGCCUGAUCCAGGCCUAUCCCGCCUCCACAGGCCGUAACACGGCCGAACUGCUCCGUGUGGUUGAUUCUCUACUUGCUAGCGACAAGCAUAGCAUCAAUACUCCCGUCAACUGGGAGCCGGGUGAAGAUGUGGUCGUCCCCGUCAGUGUGUCGGACGAGGAUGCCAAGGCUCGGUUCCCGAACAUGAAGGUGGUCAAGCCGUACCUGCGCUACGUCCCGUUGGCCAAGGAUGAAUUUGUCCCUAGUUGAACAUCCAUGCCAAUAUCAGUAUGAGGUGGCACAGUUGGGCAUACGAGACGGACUCAAACAGUAGUUCGUAAAUCUACUCGAAUAUGGAUCUACACAGCUCUAGAUCUUCAGGUGGCAGUUCCAACGACUCCUCCCAGCGAACCAAGUUCACGAUUGGCGCCCGGCCAACGUACGAGGCCUCUACCACUACAUUGCAUUUGUGUACCAACUUCAACUAGUUGUACUACUACGGCAACAACCACAACCACCAUCACCGCUUCAACUUGUACUGAACUGGGCCAAAUUUGGUCUGAAAUGAUCCGAUAGUAGGACGUGUCCACAUACCCAGAGUAUCAGGGCUGUUAGUCACCGGUCAUUCCUACCUCCAUUUGAAUCUCUCGGUACAGCUGUACCGUAUUCCACAGACCAUAUCUUGUUUUGAUAUUAGUGACAACACCAAAUUUAUUUUCAUAAAUCCAUCUGGCAGAAGUGUAGCCGUCUUCCGGG